GAUGGAGAGAAGGUUGCACAGGGCGACAAUCGCAGCAAUUCACAGCACUGACCGAUGCACCUCCAUUUCGCACAAACCCGACGAUCGCUCACCAUGCUCCGCCAAACUUCACGGCUCUUGCUUCGACCUGCCCCGAGGAUGGCUCAGGCCUUCUCGACGGACGUUCCGGCCACGACCACGGCGGAUUCCACCUUCAUUGAGUCGUGGAAGAAAGUGAUACCGAACAUUGAACCUCCCAAGACUCCAUCGGCUUUCAUGACACCUCGUCCGGCCCCUCCCGCUUCGAUCCCUUCCAAAUUGACCGUCAAUUUUGUGCUCCCUUACGCUUCUGAGCUGGCAACCAAAGAGGUUGACAUGGUCAUAAUUCCAGCAACAACAGGGCAAAUGGGUGUUUUGCCGGGACAUGUUCCUACCAUUGCAGAGCUGAAGCCUGGCAUCCUAUCUGUGCAUGAAGGAAAUGAUACAAAAAAAUACUUCAUUAGCAGUGGGUUUGCUUUUAUCCAUGCAAACUCUGUUGCUGAUGUAAUUGCUGUGGAGGCUGUGCCAGUUGAUCAGAUUGACUCCAACCUGGUGCAGAAGGGGCUUGCAGAGUUCACCCAAAAGCUAAGUUCAGCUUCUACUGAUUUGGAGAAAGCUGAAGCUCAGAUUGGGGUUGACGUUCACAGCGCUAUGAAUGCUGCCCUCUCUGGCUAAGGAUUGUGUUCAUUCAGCCUUGUGGUUUUAUCACUUCGAAUCUACUUUUGUGCUUCUGUCUCGUAAGUUUUUAUCUCGUGUCAAUAAAACUUCGUAAAUCUGUUGAGAUAUACAUUGUUGACUGUGAUUUUCAGCAAGUUGAAUAAUUUUUUUUCCAGAAUUCAGAAACCCCAUGUUUUUUUUUGCUCAUGAAACACAUUUGCUAUUGAAGUGUUGUAACCGUUUGAUUGACAGAGGGCCUUUACAUAUCC